CUAAGAUUUGACAUAGGGGGACUUUUUUUAUUUUUUACUGUUCUUUUUUUAUGGAGCGCUGUGGCUGUCAUGGUGGAGCUGUCCUGGUGCAGGUCAGCAUCUCCUGCUUCUCUCAGCUUUGUGGCUUUGGGCGCACACAGAGACCAUAUCCAAAUGUCUAUAGCUGUCUUGCGUUUGAGUGUGAAUGUGCCAAGUACCAUAAAUACACUAUCUAUGGAACGAGUUCAACAUCUGCUAACGGGUAGUUUUAAUCCAUGAUUUCACAAAGUAAAAUAAACCCAAGGCAAAGCGGUUUCCCUCGCGGCCCACGUUAAGGCAGUAACCACCGACUCCGGCCCUACAGCGAGCACAAAGACAGGCUCCCCUCAGCGCCGGACGAGGGGGCGAACGCACCCCUGAGGGCGGCACGGGGCGGGCCCGCUCUGGGCUUUUCCCCGGGCGGCGGCGGGGCCUCGGGGCCGGGCUGGGCGCCGCAGUUGCUACGGCUACGGCAGCCCCGGCCAAGCGGCGGCUGCGCGGGAGCGGGCGGCGGCCGUGAGGCGGCGGCGGCCGGGGGGCCCCCGCGGCUCUGCCCGUGCUCCGGGGGCUGCACCCGGUCGCUAUUUCGCUCUCGCUCGGGUCUUCCGCGCAGCCUGGGCACAAUUGUUGUGAUAGUGCCUGGGGGGUUCAGGCGCUUGCUGGAGCCAGGCUGUGACUUGGGGAAAGAUCUUUGUAUGAGAAGACAGUAGGUACUUGGGAGGAUAAUAGAUGUUGAGGCAAUUCAGUAGUUAUGGCAAAAGAUAAGAAGAAAGAUGUCAAGAAGUCAGAAAGGUCUGUACGUUCUUCUAUCGCUGAACAAGAUGCCAGAACUGAGAGUAGUUCAACAAAGCUAACAGAUUUGCAGGAAGCACAGACAGGUGCAGCAGUAUCAGACAAAGAACCAGAGGAGGUAGAAGAACAUCCGGUCCAAAAUGUUCCCCAAUACUAUGAGGAGCCUGUUCUUACUCAGCUUAUUGUAAAAAGCUAUGAAGGUGAAAAAGUCCAUGGACUGUAUGAGGGUGAAGGUGUUGCAUAUUUUGAAGGAGGAAACAUGUAUAAGGGCAUGUUUUCUGAAGGGUUUAUGCAUGGACAAGGGACUUAUACAUGGGCCGAUGGAGUGAAGUAUGAGGGAACAUUUGUUAAGAAUGUGCAGAUGUUUAAUGGAUGCUAUACAUGGAAUGAUGGCAGCUAUUAUGAAGGAUCGAUCGAGAAUGGACUUAGGCAUGGAUUUGGCUUUUUCAGGAGCAGUACCCAUCCAGUUUCUUAUAUUGGUUACUGGUAUAAAGGCAAAAGACAUGGAAAGGGUACCGUUUAUUAUGAUCGGGAGCACACCUCUUGGUAUUCAGGUGACUGGGUAAAUAACGUCAAGGAAGGAUGGGGAAUGAGAUGCUAUAAGUCUGGCAAUACCUAUGAAGGUCAGUGGGAGAAAAAUGUACGUCAUGGAAGAGGAAGAAUGAGGUGGUUGACAGAUAAUCAAGAGUAUAUUGGACAGUGGGUGUAUGGCAUACAGCAUGGAUAUGGCACCCACAUAUGGUUUCUGAAGAGAAUGCCUGCAUCUCAGUACCCUUUAAGAAAUAAAUACAUAGGGAAUUUUGUAAAUGGGGAACGACAUGGACGUGGGAGGUUCAUCUAUGCCAGUGGAGCAGUGUACGAUGGCGAAUGGGUUUGUAAUAAGAAGCAUGGCAAGGGCAAGUUUGUUUUCAAGAAUGGGAAUGUUUAUGAAGGAGAGUUUAUAGAUGAUAAUAUGGUAGGAUAUCCUGCUUUUCAAGUGGGUGCAAUGAAUGCACAAGAGUUGAAUGCCAUUUGCACAAGAAGUUGUUUUGGCAGUGAAACCAUUGGAAUCAUUAACAACUCAGAAAAUCUUUCUACUCUGGGAUCAGAUAUUGAAUUAGAUAUAUCUUCACUGCUUGACUUGUUGCCAGGGGAAGAGAGACAGGAAGAAACGAAACAAGUAGAAUUUGCUGUGCUGAGACAUAUUACAAAACUGAGAAGAGUUUACAGUUUCUACAGCAGCUUAGGCUGUGACGAUUCUCAUGACAACUCCUUCCUUAUGACUAGGCUCCAAUUUUGGAGAUUUCUGAAGGACUGCCAGCUUCAUCACUCCAACAUAACUCUCGCUGAAAUGGAUCGAAUAUUGAGUGGUGAUAAAACACCACUUGAGGAGAUACAUUCUCCAUAUGAGACUUUACUCUUCAGAACGUUUUUAUCUCGCCUUAUUCAUCUAGCAUUUCAUAUCUAUCAUAAGGAGCACAAGGACAGAGGUCCUUAUCUCAGUAAGUGUUUUGUAGAAAUGGUGUCCAGGAAUGUUAUUCCCACUGCAUGUCAUAUCCAGGGUAUAUUGUUUUCUGAACAACGUCGUACUCUUUUUGCCCUGAGCUACAUUGACAAAUGCUGGGAAAUAUACAGAGCUUUUUGUAGACCAAAUACCAGACCUCCAUUCGAACCCACAAUGAAAAUGAGGCAGUUCCUUUGGAUGUUGAAUGAUUUUAAACUUCUCAGCAAACAAUUAACUGCUUCAAGACUUGUGGAAAUACUUGUCAAAGAUGCGCCAUCUCUACAUGACAGCAGUAGUACCAACCUGGAGCAGGAGUUGGUUUUUCUUGAAUUUAUUGAAGCUCUUCUCGACUGUGCGUUGGUGUAUGUUACCAAUGAUAUGAUUAAAGAGCAGGUAGAUCAUGAUAAUCAGAAGAGAAGAAACUUCAGAGCUGAGGAUUUCUCUGAGAAAACCACAAAUGUGUCUCUGUGUCCAGAAUACUCUCUCUCCCAGUACACUUACAGCAGAAGUAUAAUUGGUACAGACAUAAAUGAUGACAUUUCUGAGGCAGUUGAGUUCAGCAGUUGCUCAUGGUUGUCUUCAAGCAAAAGUGUCAUAUCACAAGAUGAAAUAAAGAAGCAUGAGACACCAAGACCCUGUGAAGACAGAGGGCAGUCUCUGCAAGAAUUUUUAAUGGUACCAGAUCCUGUCCUCUCAAUCCACACAAGUCAUGGAGAAGUCAAAGGUGUUUGGUCAUUGUCCAGCUGGGAUACAGACAAAGGGCAAGAUCUCUGUCCAGCAAUGGAACUGACAGAUAAACUAGAAGCCAAAACUGGAAAAGAUGAGGAAUUUGGUCAGUGGAUGUAUCAAGUGCAAAUCUUUUUUAUAAACAACUUAUUUCCUGCCUAUCGUCAUGAAAAAGCACUGAGGGAAAAAAUAAAAGAAAAUCGAAUACAGGAUGCUGAGUUAGCUGAGCUGAGAAAGAUGAAGGAUGAGGAGCUGGCAAAGCUUAUUGCUGAAAGAGAAGCAGAAGAGGCAAAAAGGGAGGAAGAGGCCACAGUUGAAAAAGGAUCUUUUGAGUCCAAGAACACAGCUAUUAAGGAGUUAGAGGAGCCUGUUGCACAGUUAGUACCUCCUCCAAAGGAAGAGGCAUCCGUUGUACCACCCCCUGUUGUUACCAAGGUGCCUGCAGGCGCAAAGAGAAAGAAGAAGUAAAUCUUCUGAUGAAGCCUGAAGCUUCAAGUAUAGGUCAAGUUUCACAUUGUACUGACUACUGUAUGACUCUGUGGAAUGGACUACAUGUGGAACAUGUACCCAAAAAUAAAUUCACUCCUCUCAAACGUUUUGCCCUUGAGGGAAGAAGUAGAGAGUGACAGUUAUUAAGAGCUACCUUCCAUAAUGUUGUAGAUUUCCUGGCAUUUCAGCACGUAUUGGAGAAUCUCUUCCUGCUAACUGAAGCAAAAAAGAACACAAGAAAAAAACAGCUUAGAGGUAUUUUCUGUUACUCUUUUGUAGGCUGUCUUUAUAUCAUAUUAUAUAUAAACUGUUGCAGAAAAUAAUGCUCAUGAAGAUAUAUACUCUGUGUAAUGUGAUGGAUACAAAGCUAAAGAGAUGCUGACAGAACAGAA